AUGCCCAGGGACCCAUUGAUUGGUUUGGUGGGCAAGCCAUCAAGCGGGAAAUCCACAACCUUGAACAGCUUGACAGAUGCUACUUCUAAAGUUGGCAAUUUUCCCUUCACGACCAUUGAUCCCCAAAGAGCGAUUGGAUAUCUGCAGAUCGAUUGCCCUUGUCAACGACAUAAUGUGUCCGACCGAUGCCGACCAAACUACGGUGGCUGUCAUGAAGGGCGGCGCUCUGUUCCCAUUGAGCUAUUGGAUGUAGCAGGCCUCGUUCCUGGAGCUCAUCAGGGACGUGGGCUGGGCAACAAGUUCCUGGACGAUCUACGACAUGCCGAUGCUCUGAUUCACGUCGUAGAUGUUAGCGGAACCACUGAUGCGGAAGGAAAAGCAACUCGAGGAUAUGAUCCUUCAGUGGAUAUUGAGUGGCUGCGAUCUGAAAUUGUGCGCUGGGUGCUGGGAAACUUGAUGGAGAAGUGGGGCUCUAUUAAGCGGCGACACGUUGCUAUAAAGGCCAAUGCGAUCGACACAUUGCAAGGUCAAUUCUCUGGAUAUGGAAGUAAUUCUAAGAUUGUUGGGCGAGUUCUGGAUAAGCUUGCCUUGAAGGAACCUCUCGAUGAAUGGUCAAAUGAGACUGUUCAGACCGUGGUUGAGGCAUUCAUCGAUGAGAAAUUCCCCACGGUAUUUGCCUUGAACAAAAUCGAUCAUCCUGAUGCAGACAAGAAUAUCAGCAAGAUUGCCAAGAUGCAAGAUCCGAAUAAAAUCGUGCUUUGCUCGGCUAUAUCAGAAGUCUUUCUCCGUCGACUAGCCAAACAGGGAUACGUCAAAUACGUCGAGGGUAGCGAGUUCGUGGACACACGAGAGGAUCUGAUCGAAAUGGGCGAUCCCAAUGGUGGAGAUCUCAAGGAGAUGGAUGAGAAAUUGAAAUCUCGCGUUGAGAACUUGAAGGACAUGGUGCUCUACCGGUUUGGAUCCACCGGUGUAGUCCAGUGUCUAUCUCGGGCAGCAGAGGUUCUGGGUCUUGUGCCCAUUUUCCCAGUCAGAAAUGUCCAGACCUUUGGCUCUGGAUCUGGAAACGCAGUAUUUCGCGACUGCGUUCUGGUUAAAAAAAACAGUACGGUGGGUGAUGUCGCCCACAAAGUGAUGGGCGAUGUUCCGAUUUCUUAUAUUGAAGGAAUCGGUGGCACUCGUGUAUCCGAAGAGGACGUUGUCGCAGUUGGGAAAAAUGACAUUUUAUCAUUCAAGGUUGGCCGGUGA